GAGGUUUUUGCAAUUAUCCCUUUAUCUUUCUUUGUUUGAUUUGUACUGCAUCAACCUUCAAACCAGAUUGGGAAAAUGUCCAUCUCGGCAUCUCCACUCUGGAGUAGUAAGGCUGCCUUUCAUUCUUCUUUCCUCCCUCUCCUCUCUCAGCUCCAAAUUUCACCACCGCCCGUGCAUUGCAUAUGAUGAAAGCUUCCUCGUCUUCUUCGCCCUUUCAUUCUUCCUUCUCCUUCUCUUGAAUCUCUGCCACCCACUUGCUGCUGUUUAGUGAAGAAGAGUCUUCAAAGAGAGAAUUUUGGGUUAAAGAUUGAUUUGUUAUGGCUGUCUUCCUGUGCAAUUGCUCAUAAAUUGGGCACUGGGACUUCAGCGUGGUUUACCAACAAAAUUCAGUGGCCACAAGCGCCUCUAGAUUUUAAACUGACAACUUUACUCCAUGAUCGAGGUUAUCAGCAAGGCUCCAACCUCGAUUCAUUUAGCAUUUACUCCCGAUGUCAGUUUUGAAUGCAAACUGAGGAACAUAACUUGUGGUCUCAAAUCCUGUCUGCAAAAGAGAUGUGUUGCCUUGUGUUCCAUCAGUGAUAAACCAAAAUGGAGUUCCAAUGGUCAUAUGCCAAAUGAUGGUCAUAGCAAAUAUAGAAACCAUCAUAAAAAUUAUAGUUCAGAGGAAGAGGAGGAGGAGAGAAAAGUCCAUUGUGAAGUUCAAGUGAUAUCAUGGCGAGAACGUAGAAUUAAGGCUGAGGUAGUAGUUAAUGCAGAUGUGGCUUCUGUUUGGGAUGCCCUUACCGACUAUGAACGGCUUGCUGAUUUCGUUCCGAAUCUUGUGAGUAGCAUGAGAAUUCCUUGUCCACAUCCCGGACGUAUUUGGUUGGAGCAGAGAGGCUUGCAACGAGCUCUUUAUUGGCACAUAGAAGCUCGGGUUGUGUUGGAUCUCCAAGAGUUUCAAACUUCAGCAAAUGACCAUGAACUCCAGUUUUCCAUGGUUGAUGGUGAUUUCAAGAAGUUUGAAGGAAAAUGGUCUGUCAAAUCUGGUAAAAGGUUCUCAAAAACUACUUUGAGUUAUGAGCUAAAUGUCAUACCAACAUUCAACUUCCCUGCAAUUUUCUUGGAGAGAAUAAUCAGCUCAGAUCUUCCUGUGAAUCUUCAAGCCAUGGCUUGCAGAGCUGAAAGUACUUUCAAGAACAGCCAGAAUUCAUUGACUGAUGAAGCUCCUCCAGUUACAACAUUAGCAGACUCCUUUACUUCCACAAGUUCAGAUGUCAGUGGUGUUGCAUCAGACAAGAAUGAUUUUCCCACUGGAGAAUUAAAAGAAAAAUUGCUCAAGGCUACCUUGAGCCCCUUAUCUCCCGCAAAAAGUGAGUUAAGCAGUAAUUGGGGAGUAUUUGGGAAAGUAUGCAAGCUUGAUAAGCCAUGUAUGGUAGAUGAAGUUCAUCUUCGAAGAUUUGACGGCCUUUUGGAAAAUGGAGGUGUUCACCGUUGUGUUAUUGCUAGCAUAACCGUAAAAGCUCCAGUGCCUGAAGUUUGGAAUAUUUUGACCGAGUAUGAGAGACUUCCUGAGAUAGUUCCAAACUUAGCUAUCAGCAAGAUUCUGUCACGCGAGAACAAUAAAGUUCGCAUUCUUCAGGAGGGAUGCAAGGGUUUGCUAUACAUGGUACUUCAUGCACGUGUUAUACUUGACUUGUGUGAAGUACUUGAACAAGAGAUUAGCUUUAAGCAGGUUGAAGGUGAUUUUGAUUCAUUCAGGGGGAAAUGGAGUCUAGAGCAAUUAGGGAAUCAUCACACACUGUUGAAAUACACUGUGGAGUCAAAAAUGCGGAAGAAUUCAUUUCUUUCUGAAGCUAUCAUGGAAGAGGUGAUAUAUGAAGAUCUCCCUUCAAAUUUAUGUGCAAUUCGAGAUUAUAUUGAGACAAAGGUUGCUGAAAACACUUCCAAGGCAUUUGACUAUUCAGCUUACACAAAUGAGCUUUUUGCUUCAUCUUCCAACGAGAAUGCUGCCAGUAAUGAUGAGCCAGCUAAUCAAAAUUUGAGUUCAACUGCUUCAGAUUCAUCUAGACAGAGACCUAAAGUUCCAGGAUUGCAGAGAGACAUUGAAGUUCUCAAAUCUGAACUCUUCACUUUUAUAGCUGAACAUGGACAAGAAGGCUUUAUGCCCAUGAGAAAGCAACUUCGGAGGCAUGGAAGGGUGGACAUUGAGAAGGCAAUCACGCGCAUGGGAGGAUUCAGAAGAAUAGCUGCCUUGAUGAAUCUCUCUCUUGCAUACAAACACCGCAAGCCAAAAGGUUAUUGGGACAACCUUGAGAAUUUGCAAGAAGAGAUAAGUUGGUUCCAAAAGAGUUGGAGAAUGGACCCAUCAUUCAUGCCCAGCAGAAAAGCUUUUGAGCAAGCAGGUCGCUUUGAUAUUGCACGUGCAUUGGAGAAAUGGGGAGGUCUUCAUGAAGUUUCACGUCUUCUUUCACUUAAGGUGAGGCAUCCUAACAGGCAGGCAAGCUUAGCAAAAGAAAGAAAAAUGGAAGUUUUGGCGCCUAACGAAGACCAGGCACCAUCUAAGCCUUAUGUUUCGCAAAACACUCAGAAGUGGCUGACAAAAGUGAAGGAAUUUGACAUAAAUUGGGUGGAAUGAUAUCUGUAUCUGUUGUUCUCGCUAAUUAUGUAUUUGCUGUAAAUUAAUCAAAAAUUUCGGUAUUAAGGAAGAGUAAGAUUAUGUAUAGACCAUGUUCCAAUUUCCUUUAUAUAUGAUGAACGCUGGUGUCUGAGAAUUCAUAAUGGAUCCAAGAUCUGGAUCAGCCCCAC